AUGACAGAGCCAUCAUCUUUCGAUCUGCAAAACAGAUCCACACACACUCCCGAUGUAGAAGCCAGCCCACCCGCGGGCGGCGACCCGCUCGACCUCCGCUCUAAAAUCAAAGAAGAGCAGGAGAUGGACCAAAUCACAGCCAACACGUCCCGGCGGCGGAAGCGCUACAGCAUCGGGAAAAACAGUUCCCAACGUGCCUCAGCCCUCCGCAAAUUCUACGAGGAGCAAAACGCCAACAUCCGCUCCUUCCUCAAGCCCAUCGACAACCACCAGCAGGAGGCCGCCGACGCGCAGUCCUCAACGCAGCUCAAAUACAAGAUCGCCGUCUACGGCAGCCUAGCCGCGAACGUCGUCCUCUCUGCACUCCAGCUCUACGGCGCGGUAUCCUCCGGCUCGCUAUCCCUCUUCACGACCAUGGCCGAUUCCGUCUUCGACCCUUUGUCUGGCUUGAUGCUGCUGAUCACGCACCGCACGGUGAAGAAGGUCGACGCGCAGCGGUUCCCGUCGGGCAAGGCGCGCAUAUCGACGGCCGGCAACAUCGUCUUCUCGUUCCUCAUGUGCGCCGUCUCGCUCAUCCUGAUCGUCAUGUCGGCGCGCGACCUGGCCGCGGGCAGCGAGGCCGAGACGAAGGAUUUUUACCUGCCGUCCGUCAUCGCCGUUGCCGUGGCGUUUUGUACUAAGCUGGCGCUGUUCUUCUACUGCUGGGCGCUGAAGGAUCUGUACUCGCAGGUGCACAUCUUGUGGCGGGACCACCGGAAUGAUCUGCUCAUCAACGGGUUUGGCAUACUGACGUCCGUGGGCGGUGCGAAGCUGAAGUGGUAUAUCGACCCUACCGGCGCUAUCGUCUUGUCUGCGUUGAUCGCGUUCCUCUGGGGCCGGACUAUCCACGAGGAGUUCUUGUUGCUUAUUGGUGUCUCGGCGGAUGUGAAGAUGCAGCAGUUGAUUACGUAUAUCGCAAUGACUCACUCAGACCUCAUCCUCCAAGUCGACACGGUCAGGGCGUAUUACUCUGGACCGCGGAUCAUCGCCGAAGUCGACGUUGUGAUGGAUUCGCACUUGCGGCUCGACGCGGCGCACGACGUUGCGGAGGAGCUCCAGAUGAAGCUGGAGCAGAUGCCGCAGAUCGAAAGGGCGUUCGUGCACAUCGACUAUGAGACGAAUCACUCGCCGGAACAUUCCCUGAAGAAGUAUCUGUGA